AUGAGUAUGCUAGUGGAAAGUGCGGUCGACACGUUGCCGGAGAGAAGUGAUUCUGAGGAAACGGAGGACGAACUUAUCAAUAGGACUGUGAAGAAACCAAGGAGGAAGUACAAUCGGAAAAGAGCCAAAAAUGGGGUCAACAGUUUUAAUUUACAUUUUGCACAUAAUGGGAGUGGAAAUUAUAGUUGUCCGAAGUUGAUGGAAUGGCAGAUAAUCAAGAGUAAACCUUACCAUAUAAUUAAUGGGAUCACUACGAAUUCGAUUAAUGAGGAGCCCGUUAGUUAUGGUAAGGAAUUUAUGGAACCCAACAAUGUUGAUAGUUUUAGAAGCAAUAGUAUAGAGUCUGAUACGUUGUUUAGGGAGUUUGUGAAUUUUGAAGAUGGUGGUUUGAAGACAGAGAAAAGACAAUCAUUUUUAAAGAAAGAGAAGAUACGGUCCAGACAAAGAAGUAAAGAGAGAUUAACGAAAAAAGCUUAUUAUAGUGGAUAUUACUACGAUGGAGAAGAAGAUGAUGAGGAUCCCAAUCAAAUUAUUACUUUUAGUAGGCGAGAUAAUGAUGUUUUCCAAAAUUUUCAUGCCGAUGAAUCGGAAGAAUUACCUGAUCAACUAACGAUUAUUAAUAGUGGUAAUAAUGAUGAUUGUUUAGUGAGUAAUGAUGCAUUGAGUGAUGAGUAUGAGGUGACUACAGAAAUUCACAUGAAUCUUGAAGAGUAUAGAAUGAAUUGGGGAGAUAUUGAAGUGGAAGAUUAUGAUGAAAUUAAUCAUGGGAAUUUUGCCAGUAUUGGUAUAUCGUGGGUAUGA